GGUGGGGGGAGAGAAACCCUGACCCUUUGUGCGGGAAGAACUCAGCAGGAAAGUGAUUUUGAAAUUACUUUAGUUCGCCAGCAAGGCAGUCUUCCCCCUGUACAGCAGGCUGAGUUCACCAGUCCUGUCUGCCUCUGUGCCGGUGCGCUUUCACAUGGACGACCCGGAGAAGGGCCUGACAGCGACACCAAGCUUCUCCUUCUGAUGACGAGAGCACACGUCACGCUGACCCAUGAAUAUUGAUGCGGAGGAUAGUCUGUUUCAUAGAAGAACAGAAGGAAGCAAGAUGGCUGCCCUUUAGGAUUUGUUAAAGAGGAGACCCAGACGGUUUGCUGGAAUUCUGCAAAGUGGAGGGACAGAAAAAGAGGACGCAGAGAGGGCAGCCUUGUGGAUGGACCCAGAGCAGGCCAGAUGGAAAAAGAAAAGGCCAGUCAUGAGACGGAAAAAAGUCUGAUAAUAGCACAGCUCAGCACUGUUCACCAGACCGGACCCCUGAUCAACAAGCUGCAGAAUGGAAACCAAUUUUCAGAAGUGCCUCCUCAUCAAAUCAAUGGGGAUGCCGACAGGAGCCAUUUCAAACCCAGCUCGGGGAUCAACCAAAUGAAAAGGCAUUACGACGGCUGUCCCAGGCCAACUGAAGUGCAGGACUUGUUAGAUCAAAGCUUGCAUGUGACAAACGGAGACGCAAAACAUGGUUUGAGUGACACGUCAUCGUUAGGGCUUCACCAGUCCAAGAAACUCCGAGGGGAUUCGGAAGUUAACGGUGGUGAUGAUAAGAUGCUGGAGAACAACACAAUUACUGCAUGGGACGAAGAAGAGGCGAUGGGCUUGGACAGCACUCUGGACUGUUUACAAGAGUACAUGAAGCCUGCGGACUUUGACUGUGACGUUUUGCCGAAGGACAAGAAGAACGCUAAUUUCUCCCAUAGAGACCUCUUCUCCCUUUCGAGGAACAAGCAAAUGCCAAUUUCCAACGGUGCUACAGUGACUGCCUCAUCCAUGGAGGACACACCUGGAGACCUUCUACAAAAAACACUGUCUCAGUAUUACCCAGACAGAGUGUCCAUUGCGUCGCAAAGCAAUGUGUCACAAGAGAUCAAGAUCCCAGCCAGUGCAAAGAACUCUCCUGAACCGGCCACUCAUUCCCCAUCACUUACCUCAGGUUUGCUCAUUUCACCAUCAAUAUCUGCACCGGGAGAGCCAGAUGGGAUAACCCCGGAAGUGCGCAGCAGUGACAACUAUGAUAAUGCACCAUUUGUCAUGAAUGGAUGCCCGGGCACGAUUGGAAGAGAACACCAGCAGCAGCCUUACCCUCACGCCACUGAGGUGGAAAUGCACACACCAGCCCAAGGGGAGAAUCAGGUCCCCAGGAUGGGCUUACCGGCAAGGCCUGGUAGCAACUCACAAGAUGUAAACUAUGCCAGAUCCUUCUCCGAUGGCAUAGAGGCCCAAGAUAUGUAUCCAAAGUCUCAACACAGCUUCAGGCAAGACUCCUACCCUCUCAUGAUGGAGCCCAGAGCCCCAGUACAGAUGGAAGAGGCAGUGGGAUUCAGUCCUUUUGCCAGCACGGCAAUGGUAGGGGGCAAGGAUUCCGAUCUGGGCCAGCAGUCUCAAGGGCCCCAGAGCACUCAGCAUGAGGUAAAGUAUGAGGCACAGCAGCAGCUUGAAAGACAAGGGCUGGCUGAGAGCAGUACCCAACAGGAAACCCCCAGUUCAGCUGCGUCAGACCACCAUUCCCCCACAGAUUCGAUCACCGACACUCAGAAUCCCACUGGGAGGCUCCAACCUCAGGCACUUAUAACACCGUGUCAGACACAAGGCGCUGAUAUGGAAAGCAAAAUGUCUUUCAACGGAGCAUCUGGAGCAAUGCAACGGAGAGCAGACCCCUACGCCCAGGUGGAAUGGAUCGAUCUGAAUUCCACUCCGCCAUCGCAGCCAGCGUGGAAGGACUUCCAGCCACAGCCGCAGAAGGGGCAGCAGGCUGGUGCUCAGCGGCAGGGGCACAUGCCGAGAUCUGACCCUGGGCAGGGAUUUCCCAUGCAGGGGUUCAACCAGCCUGACUUCCAGCUACAGGGCGAGCAGGUGCAGGAUACGUACGGACCUGACCCAGGGUACGAUGGAGCUCAACAGAAAGCCGUCACUGAUUGGCUGCAGCCAGGUUCCACACCUCCUCCUAGCCUGCACACUCAGGCUCAGAGGCAGGCCAGUGAAAUGGAGCUGGUGUCCCAGCAGCAAGCAGCUCUUUGUGCCCAAACGCAGCAUGAGCGCUUAUGUGAGAAUGACCAAGAUGUGGAGGAAAUUCUAUCAUCCAGCUUUCUGCAACAGCAGCAGCCGCCACCGUAUCCUCAGUCAGAGAGGCAGGAGGAAGUCCACAACCAUCAAAACCCCACCCAAAAUGCACAGCCUGUGAAAACGUCCCAGACCCAGGAUCCAUCUCAGAGACAGCUGGACAGCCAGCUCUUGAAUAGGCUUAAGUUGGAGGAGUACAUAAGGUUGGAAAAACAGCUGAAAUCACCCAACUGCCCAUCUAGUCCAGCAGGACUCACCCCCACCAGUAGAAAUGCACCCAGCUUUUUUGAGCAAUCGCUCCCCUCAAAUGCACAACCUCUGCAAAAACAGUCUGCCUCAUUUCCGUACGGUCGUGGUGAUACAGACAGGGCAGUAGUCCAGGAGAACUACAAGUUUAGCAGCACCGUGCAGCCGCAGUGUUCUCCAAGCUCUGGGAAUCCUAAGCAAUACUCACAGCAGCAUCAGAAUCACCCACAGUCACAACUUAUGGAUUACCCACAUCCACCAGCAACACAGCAACUGCAACAGCACCAACAGCAACAACAACCUCACUUUGCACUAGGUGCUCCAAAUCAACAGGUAUCGGGACAUGCGGUUGUACAGAAGUUCCUUAAGAUGGAACCGCAGGAUCACUGCACCCAGUUUCAGCAUGGGCAGCUCCAGAACCAAAACCACAGGGACAUCCAGAGGCAUGCUGCCUUGCGGAUGCACCUGCUGCAGAAGCAGGAGAGGCAGGGGCACCCACCGAACCUCAGUGACUUCAAGCACAUCCUGCAGGCUAUCAAGAGAGAAAAUGGCCCGCGGUUCGACUGCCCCAUGCCGCCGCCACAGGUCAGAGGGAUGGUGAGCCCUGCUGCACAGGUUAUGGUGAAACAGGAGCCCCGGCAGCUCACCUGCGAGCAGAUGCAAGAGAGCAGCAUCAUCGCCACCAUGGAGCACCAGCUGCGGCAGUACCAGCCCUCCCCGCUGUUUGAGAGGAAAUCACUGGUUAUAAAGUCUCCCAACAAGGUCAAGGUCGAGACGUCAGGCGCUGUGACCAUUCUCUCAGCCAAUGCUGACCUGGGUAGGGAGGACUUUGAAGCUGCAGGUCAGAAAAAGCCUCCUCCUGAUCUGACCCCAACUAAGCCAAACCUCAACAGCUUUUUCGAGUCUCCAAUGAAACUGCUGGACACUCCCAUUAAAAACCUGCUGGACACUCCUGUGAAAACUCAGUAUGAAAUUCCAUCAUGUCAUUGCGUUGAGCAACUCAGUGAGAAAGAUGAAGGCCCCUAUUAUACACACCUGGGAGCAGCACCAAAUUUACCAGCUAUUCGAGAGAUGAUGGAAAACAGGUUCGGGCAAACUGGAAGUGCUAUCAGGAUUGAGAAGGUUGUGUAUACUGGGAAGGAAGGAAAGAGCACUCAGGGGUGUCCCAUAGCCAAAUGGGUGAUCCGCCGAGGAAGCGCGGACGAGAAGCUCCUGGUGCUGGUGCGCGAGCGAACGGGACACUCCUGCGACACCGCCUGCAUCGUGGUGGUCAUCCUCAUCUGGGACGGCAUCCCCAUGAGCCUGGCGGACAGGCUCUACACCGAGCUGAGCGAAACCCUCCGGAAACAUGGCGCCCUCACCAACCGCAGAUGCGCUCUGAACGAAGAGAGAACAUGUGCUUGUCAAGGUCUGGACCCAGAUGCUUGUGGGGCCUCCUUCUCCUUUGGCUGCUCCUGGAGCAUGUACUACAACGGGUGCAAAUUUGCCAGAAGCAAAAUUCCCAGGAAAUUCAAGCUCCUUGGAGAUGACCCAAAAGAGGAGGAGAGACUAGAACAAAACCUACAGAAUUUGGCUACUUUAAUGGCACCAACCUACAAACAACUGGCACCGGAUGCCUAUGGAAACCAGGUGGAGCACGAGCACAGAGCGCCGGACUGCCGUCUGGGCCUGAAAGAGGGACGGCCCUUCUCCGGAGUCACGGCCUGCAUGGACUUCUGCGCGCACGCACACAGGGACCUGCACAACAUGCCAAGCGGCAGCACUGUGGUAUGUACUCUCACAAGAGAAGACAAUCGUGAAAUCGGGAAGAUCCCGGAGGACGAACAGCUCCACGUGCUGCCCUUGUACAAAGCCUCCCCGACAGAUGAGUUUGGAAGCGUGGAGGCGCAGCAGGAGAAGAUAAAAUCAGGUGCUAUCCAGGAGCUCACAACGUUUCGCCGGAAAGUGCGCAUGCUCGCCGAGCCGGCCAAAUCCUGCCGGCAGAGGAAGCUGGACGCCAAAAGGGCGGCCACAAGCAAGCUAUCCAAUCCAGACACCCCUUCCAAGGCAGAGAAAGCCCUUCCGGCUAAACUGAGGCCAAACCCUGGGGAGAACCCAAACCAGGGCACACCUGCGCCAGGUCCUCAUCCCCAGAGCCAGAAUCACAUGGGGACCCCACUGCCCGGUCAUCAGCCACACCCUCUCAGCCACUUAACGGUUUCCCAGCAGCAGCAGCAGCAGCAAAAGCAGCUACAGAGCCAGCCCAACCCUUACCCCGGCUCCCCGCAUCCAGCCAGCUACCCAAGGUUUCCCAGUCAUACAGACCCAUUCCCAAGCACUUCCCAGCCGCACUACCCUCAAUCACCGGCCUCUGCCAGCCCUUACCCCUCAUCUUUACACGUCCCAAACUCCUAUUUGAACGGGUCAUAUCCUGCAGGAUCCUAUCCCGGCUCCCUGAACCCCAGCAGCCUUUACCCAGGGUACCAGUGCAAUGGAAGCAUGCCGGUGGAGAACUACCACCCUUAUUACGGCUCUAAUCCAAAGCAUUUGGACAUGUACCGCCAUCAGAGGCCACAGCUGUACCCUCAGCAGCAGUACAGUCCCCAUCAGCACUAUGGAGUCAACUACCCAGCCCGCUACGGUGAGCAAGGUCUACAGGUCAACGGCUACAGCAACUGUAGUAUGACGCCCGGGGUUCAUCCCAUGGGUCCGUACUCAACCUACAGCCCCAAUGCUGGGCCUGAACCCCACUUCUUGGAGGCCAUCGCUCGACCAGCUUCGGCCCACCCGAGUCUGGACUAUGCAGCCGCGAGCAAAAGCAGCCCGUUUGGCAGGUACCCCAACCCCUACCUUGCCCAGAACCCCCAGAUAUUCCAGUCGGCCCAGGACUCUUUCCGUAUGCAAAGCAAACCGGAGAUGAACUUGCACGCCGCAAACGGGAUCGGCCAGGUGCUUCCGCCGCUGGGCAGCGAGUGCCCAAACCCCACGCAACCCGGGUACGGCCUGCCCAACGGAAUCAUCCCAGGAACCAAAAUCAAACAAGAGCCUGGGGUGCAGGUCCCAGAUCCCAAGGAGAAAGAGGACGUGUGGUCAGACAAUGAGCACAACUUCCUGGAUCCGGACAUUGGCGGGGUGGCGGUGGCCCCCAGCCAUGGCUCCAUCCUCAUCGAGUGCGCCAAGCGGGAGCUCCACGCCACCACCCCACUCAAGAACCCCGACAGGACCCACCCCACCCGCAUCUCGCUAGUCUUCUACCAGCACAAGAACAUGAACGAGGCCAAGCACGGGCUGGCGCUGUGGGAGGCCAAGAUGGCGGAGAAGGCCCGGGAGAAAGAGGAGGACACAGAGAAGCAUGGCGCCGAGGGCACGCCCAGCAAAAACAAGAAGGUCAAGCGGGAACAUUCCGAGGCACUGGAGUACACCGAGCCCCCUUACAAGCGCUUUGUCCAAAACCUCAAGGAGAAGUCCAUGUCCUGCACCACGAACACUUACGUCAGUACAUCUCCCUAUGCCUUCACCAAGGUGACGGGGCCUUACAACAGCUUCAUUUAGGUUUGCAUUCAGGUUUUAUGGUAACAAGACACAGGAGAAAUUCAUAUAAAUAGAGGCACUAUAAAUUAGAACCUCAGCACCAUUAGCCACAAGCUGCAUACAGCUCUUAACACAGAGUGGCAGUAUGAGGGGAAAAAAGACAUGGUCCUAUGAAAAAAAGUGUGAAUGGAUGAAGAAAUCCAGUAGAAUUAAUGGAAAAUGUGUAAUUACACCUUUAGCCCGCCACUUGAAGAUUGAUAUUUACUGAAUGGUGUGACCCCAAGGUAACAUUUUAUUUAUUUAUCUUUUUUUUUUCUUUUCAAGAUACAUACUGUACUAAUACUCUGGUGCUUCAUGUCCUGUAAAUCAGGAAUUUAUAUUACUGGAAACAAAGUUUCAUUUUGGUGGCUUUAAUUAUUAUUAUUAUUUUUUUUUUUAAACAGAUGCAUUUACCUUAAUGAGGAAAUAUUAACUCCAACUGUGGGUAACUUAAUUCAUGGUGCUACAAGCAAAGAGUGUCUUUAAUAUACAAUUCCAUUCAAAUGCCUUCAUAUACAAUGUGCAUCAGUUUGUAUGUUACUUUUUCAGGCAAAUCAGCAAUUACUUUGGAUAAUGUUUUCUACAAAUAAAAAGGUAGAAAUUAGAUAAUAGCUUCAUCAACAAAAUGUGACUUUCCUCAACAACAGCUUUUUGUAACAGUACUAGUGUUUUUAAAACACUUUUGAGUAUUGAAGGUGAAUUGUAUUGACAAUUGACAAUUAUAUUUUGAUUCCAAGAUGCCAGGCAGGAAACAUUUACAUUUUUUCCAGACUUCUCAGCCAUGAAAAUGCUUAUAGGUUGUGUACAAAAUAAAAUUAACAACCUGUUUGAUGACAGUGCAGUUUCAGACAUCACUGGAUGCAAAUAGGAUUUUUACAAACAUUUAUCCUGGUGCUUCUUUCACUGCUGGAAACAACCUAGGUAUUUUUUUUUAAUGUAAUUUAAGUAGAGCUAUUGAGCCAUUCUGAAAAAGGUGCAUUUCUUCUGGAGCAGUACCAUUCAACUGACGACCAGCCUGUUUGUUCUGAGAUUCUUUCAUUUCUGUGUAACGGCUGUAGAACGAACGUCACAGCACAGUUCUCAACAGGUCCGUAGAACAAAUCUGAAUUCUGGGAUAUCCAUGUGGUGAUAUGACUGUUGUGAUCACAAACAUGUUCUUAGCUACAGGGCGAGGGAACAUGAAACAGGGUUAGCUGUGUGUACGUAUUGCGGUUUUAGAGGCAGCUGGCUUGCUGUGAGGGGUCUUUAAAUCAUUGUAAUCUAACUGUAUAAUAAUGAAAAGAGAUUUGUAUAGUAAAUUAAAAUUUAAAAAAAACUUUUGAAUUACGCUUUAGAUUUUAGUACUGUAAAGAUAAGUCAUAUUUCUUUGGGAUUGAGCUGAUUUUUAUUUCAAAUGGUGCUACUCAACCUACUAUAAUCGUAUAAUGUGAGAAACUUUUACGGGCAAUGAGAAGGCUAAGGCGGAUGGCGUACCUACUUGUCAUAUACCUCAGAACUAGUUUGGCAAUAGGAUUAUGUUAAAAAAAGGCAUCUUCAUUAAAGUUAUACAUACCAUCCCUGUCAUCCAAUCAUGACUACAGCAACCAAAUCCAUAGACCGUGAGUUUGUCGCUUACUUUUUCCGGGCUUGAUCUGUCAGGAAAGCGCAACUUGAGCUGCAAGGUUUGAUUUCAUAGCAAAAUCAGGGAUCUUUCAUCUUUUUUUUGUUAAGCCAACAUUACCUGUGUUCAUUUCAUGGUCUCCAUUUGUUCAGGGACAUUGCUUCUCUGUUCUGAAUCCCCAUUAAUUAGCUGUAUAUAGGCCCUACUUAAAAAAAUUAAAAAAAAAUAAUAAAAAAAUUCUCUGUAAGAGAGACCUGCAGUUAUUUUAGUCUUAUGUUUAGUAGUAUUAACUGUUGAGAAGUUAUUUGGAUGUAUGAUAUGCACUGAGCAGACUAAAGGGAAAAGUGUGGAUUUUGUGAAUGGCAAUGAGUUUGCUUUUACCUUAAAAAAAGAAAAAGAAAAAAGACAAGGGCAGUUAUGAUAGUAGAGGCAUGCUGUGUGCCCAUGUAUAGUGACAGCAAAAAUUAUUUAUAACCACUAAACGAUUACAUUAUGCUUAUCUAUUUUUCCUCUUUGUUCAAUUCAAUGUGAUAUUUGACGGGGCAGAAGUUUAUAAAGUGACAAACCACCCCACUCUAAUAUUUAUAUAAUCCUUUUCUGAAAGCACUUCAUUUCUUUUUUUUCAGAAAAGUAUAAAAUGAACUUAAAAAAAAAAAAACUUUUAUUUAAGGUAAGUAGAAUAUUGUAAAUGUUUUUAAAAUAAAUUAUGCCACAUUGUAUAUACCAGGAGUUUGUAUUACAGAAGUAUAAAUUGUUUUAUUUCAAAACCCUGCUAUUGUAAUAUGUCAAUAUGUGGAAGUUUUGUAGUUGUCAGCCAUAUCCAGAGCCCAUGAUUCUAACCAAACUAUACAGCCAUUUCUCCUCAACCUAUCCCAAGGAGUUAUCAGACUGUAGACCAUCCUCAACUAAUGCCCAAUUACUUAGACACCACACACAAACUUACUGUCUCACAAACUGUGCUGUUUUACAGUGCUAGGUCACAGCUAGCUAGAUUGCUUAGAAAUAAAUGUUUUGUAAGAAUUAUGGUUUUGUAAAAUAAGUAAAUGUAACUUUCUGUGUACAGGACCCAGGUUCAGUAGCAGGUUGUGAUUAUGAAAGGGUUUGUAGUAGGACAUAGCAGGUGACAAGCAUAGCCAUACUUGAAGAUGCUUCGGAGUGUUCUGAGUGGAGUCAACAUUACUUGAAUGACUUUGUGCUUGACUAAUGCACAGGGGGUGCCCACAGUUCUUACAUUAAGCUAGCAGUUAAUGUACACGUGUUGGUAUUUAGCAGUUAGACACUAAAGGUAAAAUAUUUCUGUGUUAUUUCCUGCUUUUGUCUUUAUUUUUUACCGCCUCCCUUGUUCCCUUGUUUGGUAUGCUUACAAAAAAAGAGAUGGAGAUAAGAAUGGCUCUAAAUACUGUAAGUAUUGUAAUGUACUGAAUGCAGUUUAUUUUAAAGCUGUUUAUUAUAUCAUUCCUGAUAUUGCUGAGAUGUGGGUGUUUUUAAUAAAAUUUAUAUUUAUUUAAAGCA